UAUCACAGUGUGGACGAAAAUUUGGCAACUCAUUUGCGGCAUACCGACUUUUCCGUGUGAAUAACUUUCGAGUUUGACGUGGAGUAUCUCGCUCUCCAACAUGCCGGCGGAAAAUCUCGAGGAGCAAUCCCUCGACAAAAAUCCCAACCUCGAGCUUGCACAAGCAAAGUAUUUACUGCAGUUCCACGACCGAUCAAACCUCAAGCUGAAGCAGGAUCUCCUGGAAGCGAUCAACAAAGAUGACAUGGCUCCCUUCUAUGAGGAUUGUUGCAAAGAUCUCGGAUGGCCAGUGGAGAACAAGCUGAUGGAGAAACUGAAGCAAGCCAAUCAAGAGCAGCUGACAAAGCUCGACAGCACGAUCGAAGAUGCUGAGACGAACUUGGGGGAGAUGGAAGUUCGAGAGGCUAAUCUAAGGAAAGCAGAGUACCUCUCGAAGAUCGGCGACAAGGAAGCCGCGCUCACUCAAUUCCGUAAGACCUACGAGAAGUCGGUUUCCGUCGGACACAAGCUCGACCUCUUGUUUCACCAAAUCCGCGUUGGGCUUUUCUACCUCGAUCACGAUCUCAUCACGCGCAACAUCGAGAAAGCGAAGGCCCUCAUCGAGGAGGGCGGAGACUGGGAUCGGCGGAACCGAUUGAAGGUCUACCAGGCGUUCUACUCAUUGGCCGUGAGAGAUUUCAAGACCGCCGCCGAGCUUUUCCUCGACACGGUUUCAACGUUCACUUGCUAUGAGCUCAUGGAUUACAAGCAGUUCGUCACCUACACUGUUCUAUCAUCCAUCCUCGCUUUGAGCCGAACCCAGUUGAGGGAGUCCGUGAUCCGAGGGUCAGAAAUCCUUGAAGUAUUGCACAACCUGCCCGACAUCCGCGAGUACCUAUUUUCCCUGUACAACUGUCAGUACGCGGUCUUCUUCCAAAAACUGGCGCAUAUCGAAGAGAUCAUGAAGCGGGACCGCGUUCUCAAUCCCCAUUAUCGCUUCUACGUGAGGGACAUGAGGAUCCUCGCAUACACUCAGUUGUUGGAGUCGUACCGAUCUCUGACCCUUCAAUACAUGGCCGACGCUUUUGGGGUUUCCGCCGGUUUCAUUGAUCAAGAACUCUCUCGUUUCAUCGCGGCUGGGAGGUUGCAUUGCAAAAUCGACAAGGUCAACGGAAUCGUCGAAACAAACCGACCAGAUAAUAAGAACUACCAGUAUCAAGGGAUCAUCAAACAAGGGGACAUUCUCCUCAACAGAAUACAAAAGUUGUCCAGAGUCAUUAACAUCUGAGAUUCCGCUCGAGAACAUAGGGAAUUAUAUCUAUACGCGCUGUGACUAUAUACUGACUGGAACUACAAUAAAAAAGUUCGGUCGCU